AUGAGAUCUGUUACUACUGAAACAUCUGUAUUGGGUAUUGGCAAAUUCGCAGGGAGGGAUAGGACAUGGAAGAGUAGAAGUUCUGAAGUGAUUGCGGAGGCACCUCCGGAAUAUGCAAGAACUAUGCCACAAAGGAGGGAGCCUAAAGCUAGGAUCAACAUAAAUCAGGAUUCUAUGAAGAACAGAGUAGUGAAUCCAUCAAAGAGAGAGACAACCACGGGUGAGACAGCAGAGGAAAGAGUUCCAUGGCUUUCAGGACAACAUAUGGAGAACAUAGAAAACUGUCACCAUCCUGACUCUCCAACCAUGGGCAGCUUCAAAUAUAUAUUCCUGUUUGUGGUUGCUUUAAUUAUUGUUAGUUUCUUAAUGGUGCAGUUAUAA